UAUGGUCAUCUGAUCCCGAUCUCACCAGAAGGACAGAUUUUGUGCAUGUUCUACGCGAUCCUUGGAAUUCCUCUUACUCUUAUUACGAUCGCUGAUGUCGCGAAGUUCCUCGCCGAUUUUCUUGGACGUCCCGGCGAAGACAACCCGUUAGCAGAGGUUUCCGGUGCUCGUCGCUUUACUGUUCUGCUCAGCCUUUUCGGCUAUAUGACUGUAGCAGCGUGGGUGUUCACAUUCUACGAGUCUGGCUGGUCAUUUCUUGACUCGUUCUACUUUUGCCUCAUAUCAUUGAUGACUGUCGGUUUCGGAGACCUCUACCCGCAAGGGGAUAUGGAGUACAUGCUCUCAUCGAUGGUGUUCCUCUUCGUCGGAUUGGUGUUGACAACACUGGCAGUGGAUGUGAUGGGAUCCGUAUGUAUCGAACGAAUCCACUCGCUUGGCAGAGGUCUGGACGCUAUGGCAUUGCUCAGAGCCCUAAAAGGAGCCAAAACUCACAAGUCGCCGCCCACCCCGCUCUGGUUCGCGUUUGUACCCAAGGACGCGGCAGCGAUCCCGUACAUUGACGAUGCGAAUGCGGCGCGUUCUGUUGCUGCUCGUGAAGCCGUCACCCCUAAGGGCUCAAUUACGGCCUCCGAGCACACCUGA